CACCUGGGCCCCGAGUCUCUUAGGAAAGAACCCGGCUCCUCAAGGCCUUGGCGGGACAGGCAGGGUGUGCCACAGGACGGUCACUUUCUAGCUACUCGAUGCUUGCCCAAGCUUGGCCGUACGCCGGGACUGAGCCACGGCCUAAUAACCCCGGGAUCCAGGAGUUCAGGGCGGGAGGGGACACGAACAUAUAGGCGGGAGGUGCGGAAGCCAAGCGGCGGGGAGCCAGGCUACGGAGGAGGAGCUUCUGAGAGACUCCCUCCCGCCGGCGGGCUUCGCAGACAGAGGUUUCAUACACCUGAAAGAAGAGAAUGUCAAGACGCAGUAACCGUUUACAAGCUAAGCAGCAGCCCCAGCCCAGCCAUACGGAGUCCCCCCAAGAAGCCCAGAUAAUUCUGGCUAAGAAGAGAAAAACAGCCCAGGAUGUCAAAAAAAGAAAAGAGGAGAAAGUCGCCAAGAAACAUCAGUACGAGAUUAGGAAUUGUUGGCCACCUGUAUUAUCUGGGGGGAUCAGUCCUUGCAUUAUCAUUGAAACACCCCACAAAGAAAUAGGAACAAGUGACUUCUCCAGAUUUACAAAUUACAGAUUUAAAAAUCUUUUUAUUAAUCCUUCACCUUUGCCUGACUUAAGCUGGGGAUGUUCAAAGGAUGUUUGGCUAAAUAUGUUAAAGAAAGAGACCCGAUAUGUUCAUGACAAACAUUUUGAAGUUCUGCAUUCUGACUUGGAACCACAGAUGAGGUCAAUACUUCUAGACUGGCUUUUAGAGGUAUGUGAAGUAUACACACUUCAUAGGGAAACAUUUUAUCUUGCCCAAGACUUUUUUGAUAGAUUUAUGUUGACACAAAAGGAUAUAAAUAAAAAUAUGCUUCAACUAAUUGGAAUUACCUCAUUAUUCAUUGCUUCUAAACUUGAGGAAAUCUAUGCUCCUAAACUACAAGAGUUUGCUUAUGUCACUGAUGGUGCUUGCAGUGAGGAGGAUAUCUUAAGGAUGGAACUCAUUAUAUUAAAGGCUUUAAAAUGGGAACUUUGUCCUGUAACAAUCAUCUCCUGGCUAAAUCUCUUCCUCCAAGUUGAUGCUCUUAAAGAUGCUCCUAAAGUUCUUCUACCUCAGUAUUCUCAGGAAAAGUUCAUUCAGAUAGCUCAGCUUUUAGAUCUGUGUACUCUAGCCAUUGAUUCAUUAGAGUUCCAGUACAGAAUACUGGCUGCUGCUGCCUUGUGCCAUUUUACCUCUGUUGAAGUCGUUAAGAAAGCUUCAGGUUUGGAAUGGGACAACAUUUCUGAAUGUGUAGAUUGGAUGGUGCCUUUUGUCAGUGUAGUAAAAAGUACUACUCCAGUGAAGCUGAAGGUUUUUAAGAAGAUUUCUAUGGAAGACAGACACAAUAUCCAGACACAUACAAAUUACCUGGCUAUGCUGGAUGAAGUAAAUUAUGUGAACACCUUCAGGAAGGGGGGACAGUUGUCACCAGUAUGCAGUGGAGGCAUUAUGACACCACCGAAGAGCACUGAAAAACAACCAGGAAAACACUAACAUUAACUAAGCAAACAAGUUGGAAUUGACGGAGUAUUGGGUAGAAUUUCAUAGAACUGAACUACUAAAGUUUUACAGGAAAAUAGUGCUGUGACUGUCGUAGCCAAUUCAGAAAUUUCACUGCCAUUCUUUGAUUUUAAAAAACCACUUAAAAUUGGCACUAAGGAACUUAUUUCAUUCCUAUGUUAGCUGUUUAAAGAAACAGCAGGAUUUGUUUACAAAGAUGCAUUUCCCAGGUGACUUGAUUGAAGCCAGCCAUGAUUUAUGCCAUAAAAUUUUUUUGAUCCAGUGUUACUCUGUUUAUCUUGAUAAACCAGGAAUUUUAUCAUUGAAGUUUUAGACUAGAUAAGUGCUACCUUAAAGGGUAUAUUAAGUGACACAAUACUUUGAAUCUAGUUUUUAGAUUCUCAAAAUUCAUAUACUCUUGACUAGUGCAAUUUGGUUUUUGAACAUAAAAUUUAAACCUGUUUACAGACUUAGUUUUGUAAUAAGGUGACUAAUUUAUCAACGGCUGCUGUAGCAAGCUAUUAUAAAACUUGAAUUUUUACAAAUGGUGAACUUAUAAUCUGUUUCUUAAUUAGUUUAUUUGCCUUGCCAUAACAUUUUUAAUCAGUAAGGCUUAGAUGAACAUGAUGUUAAACUAUGCUCUAAACAGUGGGAAUACCAAAGAAAUUAUAAACCAGAUAAAUGCUGUGGCUGCUCCUACUUGGGGCUUUGACAUAGGUUACUUUACAGUAACUUUUUUGUACGUCACAAUUUGGGUGAAAAACUUAAGUACUCUUUCAAACUAUUUAUAUGAGAAAGUCACUUUAUUACUCUAAGGUAUCCCUAAGGAUUUUUUUUUUUUUUUAUUUUAGUGUGACUAAGGCAAUAUUUAUGUUUGCAAAACUGUUAAGGUCCUUUUUAAAUUCCUACAUGAGUUAAGGACAGCGUCAAAGUGAUAAAGCUUAACACUUGACCUAAACUUCUAUUUUCUUAAGGCAGAAAAGUAUUAAAUGUAUACUGACUCCCAGAAAUCUAUUUAUUAAAAAAACAGAAAACAAAAUAAACUUGACAUAAGAAUUUGCUCUAUAUAGACUAUCUAAUUCUACAUAAAUAUUUUAGUUUUUUAAAAAUGAAAUUUCAGCCUCAAAACCCAUUUAAUUAGAAAACAAAUUACACUUGAGUGCCAGUUUAUUCUGUUACUGGAUAUGUGAAUCUCUUCUUCCUUUGAAUAAAUUAUAAAUUUAAGCUAUUAUGGUAUGAAGUCUUCUGUAUAGUUUUUGUUUUUAAACUAAUGUUUCAGUAUUGUCUGCAAAGAAAACACCACUAAAUGUGUACAUGUGUAUUAUAUAAACUUAAUCUUUUAAUACUGUUUUUUAGCCCAUUGUUUAAAAAAUAAAAGUUAAAAAAUUUUAA